CCCCCCCCCCCCCCCCCUCAUGAACUGACAUGGCCUCGUCCUCCCCUCAGCUUUUUGCUAGCAUCCAGUGGUUAUUAACAUCCUUUUACUUGGCGACCCCAAUUUGAAAAGUCGCACCAGAUUCAACAUCUUAUCUUCUUUCCAAUAAGUUCCUCUAACACGAUCAUAUCAGCAACUUCAACUUUGUACUCCCUGCUUCCAAUUUGGCUGUGUGCUUGACGCGAAAUGGCGGAGUUGCAGCUACAGCUCACUGAGCCUUGUCUGAUCUUACCUGGUGCCUCCCCCAAUGAGGCAGUUGCAGAGCCCCGAAAUGAUGGCGACAGCCUGCGGCCAUCAUCUGGCUCUGGUACCAGCUCAACUCUGAUCAACCUGAUCAAACAGCGACCAAGAUUGAGCAGUUCUAUCAGUCAAUUUUCUAAUCUCUGCCCGGCCGAGGGGCCCGUUCAGUUUCCCGCAGAAGCCGAAGAAACUUUCCCGUCUAUGGUCGAGUUGGGCUCAGGAAAAACUUCCAUGAUCCGUGGCUUUGUGGUACUUCAUGUCUCACAAGCCAUCAACCUCAACCGCCUUUCGAUUAAAUUCUCCGGUAGUACUCACACCGGGUCCGAGUCCGCUGCCUUGGCGCCGUCCGGCAAUAGCACCAUUCUCAUCGCCGAAGAAUAUACCAUCACCGAUGCAAGCCUCAUCUCGGCCGAAACAAACCCUCGGGCUCCCCCAUAUAGCUCCAAUUCCAGCACUUCAUUGAACCCCAGCUCCAGCCGUGGUCACUCACUAUUUUCACUUCACCUCAGCCAAACAGAAAGCAGUGAACCGAAUGCUGGUCGAGGGACUGCAACUCCAGUUGGUGCGGAUCGGCCCUUGUCCGGUGCAUCUAUCAACAACCAUUGCAAUGUGAAAGCAUCUGCACACACUUUUCAAAAUUCAAUAGUACAGCCUCUAGAAGAACGUGGCAGACGACCCCGUAGUGCUAGCAACCCGAGAAGCUCUCUAUUCCUAGGCGCGAGUGUGUCGAACUAUUUCCAUCGUCGAAGUCGUAGUGCCAGCUCCUUGGACAAACGCACAACAAUUCCCUUAGAGAUAGAUACGCAAAUAGGCACUUCAGCAGAGCGUAGUAGCUUUGUCAUGGUCAACAAACUCCAAGAGCCAGAUGAUCUAUUUCCAAUGUACCAAGACUCGGUCUUUCACGACAUGUUGGCCAACCAGUAUAAGUUGUUGUCGGAAGAGGGCUUCAUUUCUAACGAACAAUCGAAAUCGCCAUCUUAUGAAGCACACUAUCAUAACCCACUCUCCCCAAAUUCCGUCGCCAAUAUAGACCCCAAGGCAGUCGCUGAGCUGAGUACAACAAUCAAGACUCCCUCCAAAAAUAAAUCACAAAACGGCGAUCGAAAUCGAAACAGCUCAACAUCGUUCAAGAAUAGCAUCGCUCAAUUCGUUGGUGCUUUCAAGGUGAAGAGAUCCUCUUCCCUUUCCAACCCGCUCAAUCUUCGAAAAGUCACUACUACCAACGCCCCCCGAAAAAAUGGCCCUUGCUCUGCCGAUCCUAUCCGAUCCUACCGACCGCACUCAACCAUAUGCCAACCAUCAAAAGAAGUCUGUAAGCGCAGUGGUGAUGCGAAAACUGGGGCGGAUUUGGCACCCGGGAAUUCAAAUUCAUUUGGGCUGCAAAGAUUUGGAUGGGGUCGAUCGAGUUCUAGACGGCGUAGCUCCUCUGUUAGCAAGGCCAACACCUUGAAGAAAGCAGAGCUUAAGAACAGCAAGAGCGAAGUCAAGGAAGUGAGCUCUCCUCCGAUUUUGGCUUCCGAUGAACACACGAGCGCCAGGACGGAUUCAUCGGCAACUGAAGAUCCCUUUAGAGUGUCUCACUCUUCAUUAAGCACCAUGAACGUUCCCGAACUACCAAAAGCCAGUUUAUUGAAGCCAGGGGUUUACAAGUAUCCUGUUGUCGUCCCAGUUCCCAACCAUCUACCUCCUAGCAUGACUUGCAAACACGGAUCUAUUUCGUACUCUUUAGAAGCGCGACUAACGUACCAAGACGUACAAGAUUCAACUUUACUCACCACUCACCAGCAAAUGUCUAUUGAUCUAGUUGACCCAAUGGCCGGGAGUCCAAGUUUGAAUCCUUCCUGCCGACUUCAACUCUCCGGAGAGGAAGAUGCUGUCAACGAAGUCUACAGCAGCUACAGUGGUGUCAACAUCGAACGUACCUGGGAGGACCAACUUUACUAUCAAAUCCGGAUGGAUAGCAGGAAAUUCCUGAUCGGCGGAAAGAUCGGAUUUGAAAUCCAGUUCAAUCCACUCUCACGGAUGAAGAUUUACAAGUUCCAAGCGGACAUUGAAGAAAAGACCCAAUACUUUAUGGAUCACGAGAAACAGUACUUGAGGCAUUGUGAUAGCCAAUCUUUCAACCUCGUCAAGCUAGAGCAAACUUCCCCGAUAGUCAUCAUCAAGAAAGACGCCGAUGACAAAUUUGCGGCUUCGAAACUACGCGCAAGCGAUGUACCGCUGCUACCGAUAAUCUCCUCAGAUGCGCUCUUUGUGAGCAAAUCGCCCCUGCUUCCUCACAUCCAAGUGAGCCCGACUGGAAGAGCCAACGGAAACGGAUCCGACCUUUGCAAAUCCGAUGCGGUUUCUGAACUCUCUAGCUGGUCAGACCAAUCGGGCCCGUGGAAUCUUAGAUUUGAUCUAAGGCUUCCGGGCUGUCACUCAUCCUCCAAACCUUCUGAGGGAGAUAAGAAUACCGAAAAGGGACCGAAGGGGUUGAACUUCACUUGUCAACAUUCCAAAAGUCCGAUCGUAGUGAAACAUUAUCUAAGACUUCGCAUGAGGGUCGAGCGUGGGGAUGAUGUAGCAUUAGAUAAACGAGGUCGUCGUAAGAAAUAUGACAUCAUUUUAUCGAGCCCGAUCCAAAUCCUGAGUUGCCAAUGUAAACCAUAUAGCUUGCCAGCAUAUGCCUCGUCGGACCCCACAGACAUGACGGAAAUACUCAGCAUAUUCAGGGAAAUCAAUGCUGCCAAGGAAAAUUCAACACCUUCGCUUCAAUGUAACUGCAUUGCAAGGGUUGAAUAGUAAUUUCUAGCAUCUCAUCAACCAUUGACCAGUCUCACAAAAAACAUCACCCCUCAAUAAUUAGAAUGUAGUUAAAGUAGUUUCUUAGCUCUUUCAUGUGUAUGCCCAUCUUGUAGAUAUGUGUACCAAUUACAUAGUCUAGCCAAGUUCAAUGUAUUAUGAUCUCCUAAAUUAUCUCCCUUAUUUCUGUGAGCGCUUUGACCACAUGAUUAAUCUCUUAGCUUUUUAUUCAUCAUAAUAAUUUUCUGUUGGUCUUUCUUAUAAUGUUGAAAGAAAAAAAAGUGUAUUUUUUAGCUACUUUAGUGAGGCACUUGUUGAGUAUCUUGAAAUCUUGAUCAGUUGAAACAAACUUGACCUCUUC